GAAGACAAUAUAACUAUGAAGAAGAGGAAGCACGUCCACACUCCACUUCGAUAGAUGGCGGCAAAUUAACCUUAAGUUGGUUUAUCAACCGACACUAAAUUCCGAAAGACGAAGAAGGGAAUGUGCUAGUGCUCAUGUGUGACCUUAGGGUCUUUGCUUGAUGGGAAUUUGUACAUUGAUGAGCGAGUUUCCUUCAAUCUAGUUAGUAAUGGCUCAGCUUUUUUUCAAGAAACUUCACUGUUCUUACAGUUCGGUGACCCGCUGUAUUCUCCCUUGCUUAUCCCGUCCAGGUUGCCAGCCAGUGUUCUCUGCCGUUACGACCUCCUUACUCCAUAGUCACGGAGCUCAGCUUAGCUCCAACCGGACAUCGGUGGUCCGCUGCGGGCGGCAGAGCUAUGAGCGACAGUACCCGGUGCUCCUGGUCCGCCCUGACGGCUCUACAGUCAGUAUCAGAUACCAGGAGCCCAGACGGCUUGUCCUGGUGCCUGUAAACCUGUCUGCUCUGUCUGAAAAGGAACGCCGCGCUCGCCAGAAAAGAAGGGAAGUGAAGAAGACCAAAACGCAGAUGGUAGAUUUUUACGAAGAUGACUUUAAGGUGGACAACUACAGCCACUUAUGGAAAAAGAACUGACUUCUGUAUUCAUUGAUGUAAGAUAAGACUAAAUUGUUGAAACUGUUAAAACAUUAAACAUUUAUCAGACGGCA